CGCAACACACAACAAACCGAGAACUAAGGCAACGAUCCACCAACAAAUCCGUCCGUUUCGAUAAGAUAGAAGCCGUCUAUUCUUCGUCGCAGCGUCGCGGCCCAUCGCCGAGAGCGUUCGUCAGUAUGUGCGGAUGGUCACUCUCACCAAUAGAAGGAGAGGAAAAAAAAGAAUAACAAAGGGGUCGCAAAAUAAAUACCAUCACCAACACAAUUGCAAACCCACACCACGCCGUCAGCUGAUUCGCGGAGGUAAAAAGAUUCGGUUUAUCUGUGCGGAUGCAGUGCUAGAGCGCACUGGGAGUGGGAGGUUCGGUUACGAGCGCACAUUCACUGUGCAGCCACUGAAGAAGGCAGAGGGGUGUGAAGCUUUAACCUACUGCUCCGUGCCGAAAGGAUUUUCACAUUUUUUCAUACUACAGCCGCUGUUCACAAAUGUUAUCAAAACUUGUAGCCGAGUUCGGCGAGCUGCCGGCGUCACAAAAGGCGCUGCUGGUGGCAGCCGGCAUCGGAAGCGUGGCGCUCCUGUCCGCCGGCGGCUACCUGGUGAAGCGGCGCAUCGACAACACACCGCCGAAGCAGUGGCGCAAGGCGGGCGAGCUGACCGAGCUGUACGUCUACCCGGUCAAGUCGUGUGCGCCGAUCGUGCUGCAGCAGGCGGACUGUGCCGAUCUGGGGCCGCAGCGCAACCUGCUGCGCGACCGCACCUUCAUGGUGACCAACGCCGACGGCAAGUUCGUGACGGCACGCAUGAAGCCGAAGAUGGUGCUGGUGCAGCCCCGGUUCGACGAGCGGUUCGAAACCAUGUACCUGACCGCGCCCGGCAUGCCCGAGCUGCGGAUCGAGGUGGGUGCGCUCGGGGCGGCCGACGGGACGCGCAGCACGGUCUGGGGCGAAACCGUCCCCACGGUCGACUGUGGCAGCGAGGCGGCCCGGUGGUUUUCCCGCUACCUGCUCGACAAGGAGGACGGCUACCGGCUGCGCUACUAUCCGCUGAAGUAUACGAGCCGCCGGCGGCACGGCGGCGACACCGGCUCGCUGCAGGACGAAACGAGCUACAUGCUGUUUAACGAGGCGAGCGUCACCGAUCUGAACCGCCGGCUGGAGAACAAGGUGACGGUGCUGCAGUUCCGGCCGAACUUUGUCGUGCGCGGCCCGGAACCGUACGGCGAGGACCGGUGGCGCUGGGUCCGCAUCGGGGACGCCGUGUUCCGGUACGAGAUGCCGUGCCUGCGGUGCAUCUUCACCACGAUCGAUCCGGCGUCCGGCGUGGCCCAUCCGGACAAGGAGCCGCUGCGUACGCUCAAGCAGUACCGCCAGCUGCCAUCGUACGGCGAGUCACCCGCGUUCGGCAUUCAUCUCGGACUGCGCCGUGCCGGUGAGGUGAAGCUGGGUGAUCCAGUUUACUUCGCCUAAGCUGCUCCCACCGCAACGGGGCGUUACCUUUUUCAACCUGAUCGCAUUUUUUUUCUUUCUACCAGCAAAGUAGGUGAGCGAGGGGCCGCGGGGGGAUUUCUUUCCUCAAAAAAACAACAUCCCAUUACCGUCCCUCUCUCUUUUUUUAAAGGAGAACAAAAAAAAACGAUUAAUUUUAGCAAAUACUGCAUUUAUAUUCCAAAUUAAAAUAAUACCAGCAUAAUAAAAGCAUACAAACGCAACAGUAA